AUGGAUUUACGUACUCCCUCUCGGGGUAAAUGUAAUUUACCUAAAGAGAAAGUCUUCUCUAUCCAAAUAGGUUCCGAGAUAUUUCGUCUCUCGGGUGCUUCAAUCGCCUCUGAUGCUCCAUCCUACUUUUCACGCUUUUUCGAGGAUCAAUUGCUUCAGAAUCAAGAUGCUGCUAAUAUAAGGACCCUCUAUAUCGACCGCGAUCCUGCGACAUUCCGCGAGAUCGCUAGGCAUCUACAGGGCUACCAUGUCCGGCCCCAGGAUGGCGCGCAAUUCGUAAAACUAUUUGCAGAUGCGCAAUUCUAUACAUUGCCCCGAUUGAUGUCUCAGCUGUUCGAGUCUGAAUGUUUUAUUCAAAUCGGCGACCGCCACUUCCAGAUCCCUCGUGAUAUCUUCUCAAGUCCCGGUGACAGUCCAAACUUUUUCACCCUCGGAUUCGCCGCCUUCUUUGCUUCCCCGACUGAAGUGUUCCCGGGCCUAGACCGCCAGGGUCUAUUGCGACCUCCGGCUAUCAUCCCCCCAAGCGUUCCGAACCGAUCCGCGGAUGUCUUUGAUGAGCUCCUGCAUCUCCUGCGCGGGUAUCCACUACAUAUUAGAAACGAGGACCAUCGGGCUUCGCUCCUGCGCGACUGUCGCUACUUCCACCUGCGCGGCUUGGAACAAAAGUUGAUACCGCAUCAGAUAACCACGAACCCCUUCAGCCAUCGUGUAGAAAUCACCAUCCGGCUCGAGGAUGUGCGACCUUCUGGGAUUCAGUUUGCAUUUGAUACAGUUUCUGGGUCGCCUGCAGCGGGUGGAAAUGUCACAUACAUGCGCCCUUUUGUAGACGAGAAGGCAGCCGAUCUAGUGAUUGAGAUCGGCGACGAGUCGAGUCUGAUCCAUAAAGGGAGCAUGCGUGCUGACUUUCUAGGUCUUUCAAAGCAAAGAAUUACUAGUCUGUUGCAGACAGUAGGCAAAAAAAUGAACUUGCCUGCUUCACAUCCACCAUUGGGUCAAGUUCCAAUCAAGGUCCGUGUCGACCGUGAAACUGACCUCAUGGUGGAUGGAGACCCAGACCCUCAGCACCUGAUGAUCCUGAGAGCCAAUACCGAAUCUGACGAUGGUGUGCCUCCGGCUAAACGUCCACGGGUCGAUACUACGGACGAUAGGCCUUGGGUUGUUCGGACGGGACAAUGGCGAUUGCAAGCGCAGAAAGGGCUUACAGGGACAUACGAGGUUGUCCUGGCUGCUGUCAAACUGGACGUAUAUACCAGUCCACAGGUCCGAAACCGGUCACGAAAUUUCCUUUAG